GCCGCCCCGCCCCUCCCCGCCCCCUGCGCCUGCGCGGCGCCGCGACGCGCUGCGCCUGCGCGGGAGGCACCAACCCCCCCCCCCCCCCCCCCCGCGCCGUGGGGCCGCCCCGCCCGGCAGGGGGCGCCGGACGCCUGGGCCCCUGGUGGGGGGGGGGAUCGGGGGGGUCCCGGACGCCUGGGCCCCUGAAUGGGGGGUGAAAUGGGGGUCCCGGACGCCUGGGCCCCCCCCGGGGGUGGGUCCCGGACGCCUGGGCCCCCUGGCAAGGGGGUAAAUGGGGGUCCCGGACACCUGGGCCCCUCGGACGCCUGGGCCCCCCAAUGGGGGGGUAAAUGGGGGUCCCGGACGCCUGGGCCCCUCGGACGCCUGGGCCCCCUGCGGCUCGGCGCUCCGGCUCCCCAUGGCGGCAGGGUCAGGCAGCGGCCGGCGGGACCCAGGCGUCCGAGGGGCCCAGGUGUCCGAGCCCACGCAGGCAGCGGUUUCGGCGGAGGCGGCGGCAGCUCCCGGACACCUGGGCCCCCGGCACGUGGCCGCCCUCGGGCCUCAGGUGCGGCCGUCGCCGCCCGGAGCCGAGACAAACAACCGCCCACGGGGCUGAAAGUGGGGCAGCCCCGGACGCCGGGGCCCCCCGGACGCCUGGGCCCCCCCCCCGGACGCCUGGGCCCCCCCAGUCCCCUGACCCCCCCCCCCCGGACGCCUGGGCCCCUCUCAGGUUCCCGCGGGGCCGGCGCCCCCCCGGCCCCCCCCCGGCCCCCCCCCGGCUGCCCCACGCAGGGGACGCGGGGACCCGGCGCCACCGCGGCGCUUGGGGACACCGGGACCGUCACCGCGGCCCAUGGAGGUGACAAGACGGUGGCCGGACACGGGGACGUCUUCAUGGAGGGGACACCGGGACCCGGUGCCGCCGCGGUGGCCGGGGACACGGGGACCGUCACCGCGGCCUACGGAGGGGACGUGACCGCGGCAGGACACGUCACCGCGUCCCAGGUUGGGGACAGCGGCGCGGUGGCCUGUGACAACGGUGUCCUCAUGGAGGGACCCGGUGUCACCACGGCCCGGGGAGGGGACACGGAGGCGGCGGCCGGAGGCGGCGGCGUCCCCACGCAGGGACCCGGUGCCACCGCCGCGGUGACAGGGGACGCGGGGACCCCCGUCACCACGGUCUGCGGCCGGGACGUGGCGGUGGGACGUGUCACCGCGGCCCGGGGAGGGGACACGGACGCGGUGGCCAACGAUGGUGACGUCGUCAUGGAGGGGACAGAGGAACCUGGUGCCACCACGGUGGUUGGGGACACGGUGGGACACGUCACCGCAUCCCAGGGAGGGGACACGGAUGCGGUGGCCAACGAUGGUGACGUCUUUGUGGAGGGGACACAGGGACCCGGUGCCACCACGGCGGUUGGGGACACGGUGGGACACGUCACCGCGUCCCAGGGAGGGGACACGGAUGCGGUGGCCAACGAUGGUGAUGUCGUCAUGGAGGGGACAGAGGAACCUGGUGCCACCACGGCGGUUGGGGACACGGUGGGACACGUCACCGCGGCCCAGGGAGGGGACACGGAGGCGGUGGCCAACGAUGGUGACGUCUUUGUGGAGGGGACGCAGGGACCCGGUGCCACCACGGUGCCAGGGGACAUUGGGACCGCUGUCACCGCGGUCCAGGCCAUGGACAUGGUGGCACACGUCACCACGUCCCAGGGAGGGGACAGGGUCGCAGCGGCCACCAACGGUGACGUCCCCAUGGAGGGGACGCAGGGACCCGGUGCCACCGCGGCGGUUGGGGACACCGUGACCCCCGUCACCCAGAUCCACCCCCUGGACACGGUGGGACGUGUCACCGCGGCCCAGGGAGGGGACACGGACGCGGGGGCCAACGACGGUGGCAUCUUUGCGGAGGGACCCGGUGCCACCACGGUGCCAGGGGACACCGCGACCCCCGUCACCACGUCCCAGGGAGGGGACACGAACACGGCGGCCACCAACGGUGACGUCCCCGCGGAGGGGACGCAGCGACCGGGUGCCACCGCGGCGGUUGGGGACACCGGGACCCCCGUCACCGCGUGCCAAGGGGGGGACACGGAGGCGGUGGCCGAUGCCACCUUCGCGGAGGGGACGCGGGGACCCGGUGCCGCCACCGCGGCCCCCCCCGUCCCCGCGACCCCCCCCGUCCCCACGUCCCCCAGGGGCCUCAGGGAGGCGGCGGGGCCCGGGGACGCCUGGGCCCCCCUGGUCACCCUCCCGCCCCCCCCCGGGGCCCCCCCCGGCCGCUUCCCCGUGACGCUGCCCCGGCGCCCCCCCGCCUCGCCCCCCCCCGCCGCCACCGCCGGCGCCUUCGGCCUCGGGGCCCCCCUCUCCCCCCCCCUCCUCCUCCUCCUCCUCGGGCCCCUCCUGGCCGCCCUCCUCCACUGACCCCCCCCCCAGGGGCCCAGGCGUCCGGGAAGGGCCCAGGCGUCCGGGAGGGGCCCAGGCGUCCGGGCCCCCCCCCCCAAUAUUUAUUGCCGCCCCGCCGCUCCCCGCGUGCUUCGCGUGUUCUUCACGUGUCCUUAGCGUGUUCCUGGCGUGUCCGAGCCGUGUCGCGGCCCAAUAAAGCCCUGCGAAGGGA